AUGGCCUUUCCCUGCCACAGGUCUGCGAACCUCAAGACUCUGGUCUUCCUUCUAGUGGGCCUGGGUUUCUUGGCAAUGCAUCUGUGGUUCCUGCAGACCCAGAGGUCCCAGCAGGAGGAGGCGUGGGAUCUCCCAAUGGAUGCUCCUGCUGCUGCUGUUGCUGAGCCCUCUGCGCUCAACCCAGGGCGCCCGUGUGUGCUAAACGCUUCUGUGAACGCCACGCCCGACUUCGAGCAGCUGCCCGCCCGGAUCCAAGAUUUCCUGCGGUACCGCCACUGCCGCCACUUUCCGCUGCUCUGGGACGCGCCGGCCAAGUGCGCGGGCCGCCGGGGCGUCUUCCUGCUCCUGGCCGUGAAGUCGUCCCCUGAGAACUACGAGCGGCGCGAGCUCAUCCGCCGUACUUGGGGGCAGGAGCGUAGCUACCGCGGCCUGCCAGUGCGCCGCCUCUUCCUUCUGGGCACGCCGCCGCCCGAGGCCCGCGAGCGCUCCGAGCAGCUGGACGCGCUGGUGGCCCUGGAGGCCCGCGAGCACGGCGACGUACUGCAGUGGGCCUUCGCCGACACCUUCCUCAACCUCUCGCUCAAGCACGUGCACCUGUUGGACUGGGUUGCAGUACGCUGCCCACAGGCGCGCUUCCUUCUCAGCGGCGACGACGAUGUCUUCGUGCACACGGCCAACGUGCUGCGCUUCCUGGAGGCGCAGACGCCCAGCCGCCACCUCUUCACCGGGCAGCUCAUGGACGGCUCCGUGCCCAUUCGCGACAGCUGGAGCAAGUACUUCGUGCCCCCGCAGCUCUUCCCCGGGCAGGCCUACCCGGUGUACUGCAGCGGCGGCGGCUUCCUCCUGUCCAGCCACACGGCCCAGGCCCUGCGCAAGGCUGCCCAGCGCACGCCCCUCUUCCCCAUCGACGACGCUUACAUGGGCAUGUGCCUGCAGAGCGCCGGCCUGGCGCCCAGCGGCCACGAAGGCAUCCGGCCCUUCGGCGUGCAGCUGCCCGGCGCCCGCCAGCCCUCCUUUGACCCCUGCAUGUACCGCGAGCUGCUGCUCGUGCACCGCUUCAGGCCCUACGAGAUGCUGCUCAUGUGGAAGGCGCUACACGAUCCCGGGCUGAGCUGUGGCCCAGCACACAGGGUCUCCUGA